AUGGCUACAUCAGGAAGCGGUGCAGGAUUAGCCGUAACUACUUCGGCGACCGGAGAUUCUAUGGACAUCGAGACAGAGAACAUAUAUUCUGCAUCCCAGGCAAAAAUUGGGCUAUUGUCACAUACUCUAGUAUCGAGUCCUAUCAUCCAGUGGAUCCUCCCCGCGCACCUCAGAAGCAAAGACCAAAAUGAUGUCGUCUUCGUGGGUGAGCGGCAUUUGCAAAUCAAAGAAGCGGUAUCGGGGGUUCACUUGGAGGAGGUCACUACCAAAAGUGACUUCGACUCAUGUAUCAUGGCAGCAAAGGUCGUUAAUGUCAGCACCGAAUUGCCUUGGGAAGAGGAGAUGAAGCUUGGGGCGAGCAAUUCGACACUGCGCGCGAACUCGGACUUGCGCCAGGACCUUCCUCCACAAAUAUUGGUUCUUAGCCUUGCUUCGAAAGAGCUAGUAUUUCUAUAUUUUUCGAACGCGAGUGGCCAUUUUGUCUACCAUCGUCGGCCGCUGCCAAAUGAUGUCAGUGCUUUUGAACGAUUCGGCCGGAAUAUUGCUGUGGAACCAAGGUCUCGUGCGGUAGCUGUUAGUGCUUCAAGUGACUAUUUUGGGAUCUUCGUCCUGAAGAGACCGCCGGUCAUCCAAGCACAGAUGACCCAAAAUAGACUAGACCCUAUAGCAGAGGAGCGCUUCUUCCGCGUUGAAGGCGAUAUCAUUGCCAUGGAAUUCCUGUAUCCAAAGUCUGAAGACGGUGACAAGAUUACUUUACUACUAUUGGUUGCUCAGGAUCAGUUGACACAGGCUGUUUGUUACGAGUGGGAUGCCAACGAGUCUUUACGCCAGGCUACCCCACGGGUGACCAAAAAAGUAUUGCCGCUGGAGGAUAGGCUUCCCACAAUGUUGAUUCCAUUGACUAAGACCUCUUCAUUCAUGCUCGUCACGACAACAUCGAUAACGGUAUACCAAAAUAAGCUUGACCCUCAAAGACUCCCUAGCAGAUACCCGCUCCCUGUCUAUGAAAAAGAAUCUCAGAAGUCACCGCUCUGGACCAGAUGGGCAAGGCCGUUGCGCAACUGGUUGUACAAUCAGAAGCAUGAUGACAUUUACCUCUGUCGCGAGGACGGUGAAAUAACCUACUUAGGAAUUGGCACUGACGGUGAGCUCGAGAAUCAGGCACAUUUGGGCCAACUGUGCUGUGAUGUUGAUGCAGCAUUUGACAUUCUGGACAUCGGCUACGAAGGUGGUGACCUGCUCCUUGCAGCGGGCACCACAGGUGAUGGCGGGCUAUUUGUCCAGAAGGCUCGUGACCAUCCGCGGUGUGUCCAGAAAUUUAUGAAUUGGACCCCUGUCACCGACUCCGUUGUUGUGAAGAGUGAGGAUACGACACCUUCGGAUAUUGCAAGCGAUCGCCUUUUUGUCUGCUCUGCUUCAUCAUUCUCUCGAGGUGCAGUAGUUGAGCUGCGGCACGGCGUUGAAGCACAAAUCGGGCUCAUUGUUGCGCUGGAGGAGCUGUCUGGAACCAGAGAUAUAUGGACCAUGCCAGACGGAUCGACUGGGGGCGUUUUUGUUCUAACAUCUGACCCUAUGUCCUCACUUCUGUUGUACUUGCCUGCUGAUUUUGGAGAAGAACUUUGCGCCAUUGAUGAGGCAGAAUCUGGGCUCGACUCUAGCACACAGACCCUGGCAGCAGGAUGCACUGUAUCGGGGGCUAUCAUACAGGUGACAGACAGGACAGUAUGCGUUGGCGCAACCCCAGAGAUGCCGGGCUAUCGCUCUGAAGUCGGUCCUGGCCAGACUAUUGUGGUGGCUGCUGUUGAUGGACCGGCCUCACUCAUCGCCGCUGUUGUUAGGACGCAAGAUGAAGUACGCCUUCACUUCAAGAAACUCACAUCAGAUGGUCAGCACCAGUUGCUUGAUGUCGCUACGCCCUCGUUGAUUCAACAUGAGCCGAUUUGUAUGAUCAUGGAAAAUCUUGACUCGUCUCUGUUUCUGUUUGUAGGCACGAGCAACGGAAGGAUCUUGGUGUAUCGCCUAUCAGAAAGCAUCUCUUUCUUACUGGAAGCCACUGUCAACGUCGAGAAUGAGAACGACAUAUCGAGAGCCAUUGACAGUAUUGCUAUCAUCAAAAAUGCCGGUGAAGAAUCACUGAAAAUGUGCACUGUUCUAUGCGGUUUGCGAAGCGGUAUCCUGGUUCCAUUCGGGCUAUUACUGGACAGGGAGAGUAUUGACUCCCCCAUUGCAUUAACCCAGGUAGCGCCGCAGCACCUAGGGCACACAUCGGUAAAAGUACAGGGCAAGGGAGAGUUCGCCUUAUUGACUUGUGGACAAGGGUUCUGGCAGGCAUCUUGCACCGGCAGACUGGCCGAUUACUCACUUCAGAGGAUAUGGGUCACUGACCAGAAUAAUCCUGCAUAUCACCCAAAAAGCAUUCAUAGCUUUUCCAUCUCGAGCUCCGGGAGUCAAGACAUGGAUGGAUUUUCCAACACGCUUUUCUGCGUCGCCGAUGGACAGCUCAUGAUAUGUACCUUGGAGCAAGGGACGAAGACUGUUCCAAGGAGGAUCGACUUGCCCGGUAGCGCUAGCAGAUUAGCUUAUUCGCGAUAUCUCAAGAGCUUGAUAGUGGUUUAUUCCCAGACAGAAUACGACACAGACGCAGACCCCAUCAAGCGCUACACGCGGCCCUUCAUCGAGUUUAUCGACCCUGACAUGCAGAACUCGCUCAUCGACUCCCUCGAAAAUCCUUUGGAAGACGAUCCCCGGCCGUGGAGACCUCAAGGUGCAGCAGGAGAGAAGAUCAGCUGCAUACUGGAGUGGACGCCCAGAAAAGGGGACGAGGAAUAUCACUUUAUUGUCAUCGGCACUUCUCGCAAACAUCAGCAAGAGCGCGGCCGAGUCAUAUUCUUACAGGCAUACCGCGAUCCGUCGAAACCGUCGCGGAUCGAAUGCUCUGUGAAAUAUAUCCACAAGUUUGAGGGGCCGGUUUUCGCAAUUGCGCCAUACGGUGCGUUCACCUUGAUGGUUUCCACUGGCCAUGAAAUCGUGCCACUUGAACCAAAAUUCUCGCAGACACGAUGGGUCCGAGCGGCUAGAUACUCUGUCCUGUCUCCGGCGGUCCUCAUAACUGCCAGGGAGCCGUACCUCUACAUGACCACGUCGAGAGAAUCACUCAUGGUGCUCAAGGCCACAGAAGACAAGUUAACACUCCAUGCUUAUGAUCGUCAAAAGCAUGAUGGUCUCGCCCAUGUUUAUAUUGGUGGGAAGUUGAACCUUGUCCUCUGCUCCAGCAGAGGUGGGCGCGUGAGCCUUUUGACGGAGAAUGGUGUGACAGAGACCAACAAGAUGCUACCCACAGCUCUGUGCGAAGCACACCUUCCCUCAUCAGUGAUGAGGCUGAGCUCCGGCUCUGAUAAGUCACCUCUUUCCACUACCUCUCAAGUAUUCUAUGGUACUGCGAUGAAUGGCACAGUCUAUCGUUUCUUGACUAUUGGUGAGAAGGAGUGGCGCCUUCUACGCUUGCUGCAGGACUUAUGCAUCCGCGAUCCCAUGAUCUGCCCAUUUAUUCCCAAGAGGAGAAGACAGCGCAACCCGGUCGGGCUGAUGGACCCUCAGCCAUCUCAAAUGCAUAUUGACGGUGACGUUCUCAGCCGCUUGCUCAUACGCGGGCCUGGCUAUCUAAUGCAGAUGCUAAGUAAGGAGACGCUCGGUGGUCCGGCAGCUCCAGGAAUCCGUCCGGAGCAGGGAGUCCCCGAGCACUUUGCGGAAUUGACUAGACACGCACUGGGGGAAACAAGCGAUGCGGUUGCGAGCGUUAUGAGAUGGCUGCAGCGGAUCCUCCCGGUGGAUGUCUAA